GUAAGCGGGCGCGAGAAGCCGGGAUUCACAACGGUCAUCAUGCCCAGCCUCGGCCCAACUGUCAGCCUUCCCAGCAAGACUCCACGGCACACGUCCAGGACAGUACCCGGUGCCCGUCACCCCUUUCACCCCCUGCACCAAGCCUCAGAUCAUCAGUCAUCGCCACAACCAUCACAGACACAAUCUCCACUCAGGGACAUGCCUAAAACACCAGUAACCACCUCGAAGAGCUUGAGUGGAACCCUUCCAACUUCUCCAAGUUCAACCAGCGCAAGCGGAACCUUCACCUCCCCCACCAGCCAGUCCAAAGGUCGGGAUCGUUGGGGAGGGUGGCUGGGAGGUUCCCUCAGCUCCCAGCGAGGACGCACUGAAGCCACCCGGCACCGUGCAAACUCCAGCCCCCUUCAGAGCUCUGAACCAAGAGCUUACGAUAUGACGAAGUUAUACCCAGAACUGUCGGCCAAGUUGGGGCUCACCAAACCAAACUGCAGUGACAGCACGAACAGCCACAAAAAUGGUAUUACGCAAAGAGAACACUUUACCUCAGGCCCUUUAAGCAAGUCAGAGAGUGCGAUGGAUGACUCAAGAAUUAAGGUGGUUUCCUCUGGCCAGAUAAUUAAUAAUACAAAAGGCCUUCUCGCUGCCAGACUCAGUAAUGGAGUGCAAAGUAGCAAAUCAAAUAGUGUUAAGUCAUCAAAGCCAAAGCCAAAGUGCGGGGAAAGAGGACAGAAAAGAGAAGGUCAUGGCAGGUCAGCCGGACGGACAGAAGUGAUGGCCUCACCCCAGAUGCUGUCUAACCUUGGACCUGCCGGAAAUUCUAUAAAGGGACCAAAUUCUUAUGCCUACAAUAACAAAAUCUCUGGUGUCAAAGCAGUUGGGAAGCACAGCAUCCUCGCAUGGGAUCCUGCCCCAUCAGAAGUCAUCACAGGCCUGCAUAGCCAGGCCUGGCAAUUUGACUCGCCCUUUCUCCAUAUCAUCCACGGCUUCCCCUAGUAGGAGUCUAGUCACCAGCCCCGCCACGUAUCCCCCCUCCGUGGCAGCACACCAGCCCCGUGUGGUCACUCUACCCCCUCGGAGACCACCACAACCCACCAUCACACGAGCUGCAUCAGCCACUCUCCCCGAGCCUCUCUUACGGGUCCAUUCACUACGGGAAAAAUACUACGCUUAUAAUUCUGAUCUCUUUCCUUUAGGUGUUGAGACGAGCGAGGAGAGUGACAGCAGUGACACAGAUGACAUGUGUGGGAGUCAGCAGGGCUGGGUCGACCCCACAGAUAGUUUGUGUCUAGCAAGAAGAGGCUGGGACUCUCUUGGAGGAGACUCCAGUAGCAGACAACAGCAAUGGCUUGACCCCUCAGGCACCACGCCAGCGUGGUCUUCUAAAAGUACAAGUUGUCAGCGGUCCAACACCAUCGCUGCUGCCCUGGCAUCAUAUAGACGGCAGGUUGUAGCAUCUCGAUUACGUUCCAACCAGAGAGCGUGGGAAGCUCUGAAACAGUGCCCGCUUACAAAGUCUCUUGUAGAGGCUGCGCGGACUCAUCCCCGCUUAGCUGCAAAUGCUUGCUGUCUAUUUAGGAAUUCACAGAAUGAACAUGAAUCUCCUAAAAUGAAGUCUAGAUUUAAGUCAUCUGUGUUGAUUCGUCGUGACUGCGCCUACGAUGAUGGGGGAGGAAGUGGGCCGUGUGGUGAUGCUUCCUUGCCUGGGACAAGACAUUGUAUACGGCACAUUAUGUACAAUGUGGACCAGCAGUUGUUCACCCAUUGUACUGCUCGGCACUCGGAUAACACACCUUGUCGUAUCCCGGUGUUCGAUGUGUGUCAUGAGCUUCCACUCUGUCCCCAGCAUAGCGUGAGGGAAAGUUGUAAGAAAAGCAGUGUAGAAGAGACCCCCAAACCUAAGAGAUCUCGCAAAAAGAAUAAGAUGCCAAUAUUAUCAAGAUAUGGGAAACGCAGCAAAAAGCGACGGCGGUCCUCUAACUCCACUAGCUCGGUGAUCCCUUCAACAAGCGUCAGACCUCCCAUGGCAAGCCAGUCAUCCCUCUCAUCACCUCAGCCAUCACCCACAACCCCACAGACCUCACCCCACUUCUCUGCUGCCUCUUGUACAGAUUCUGUAGCUGAAGCGGAAGCAAGUGACCUGGAGGACGACAUGGAAGGGAUGGUGGAGGGUCUGGAUGCUGCUUCUCGUCUUCUUGACCCUCAUGAUCUCCAGGAUGUAUUGAACCGUAUCCCAGAUCAUGAGCUCACUCAGCUCUUUGAUGCACCAGAAAGUAAAACCGGAGAAUUUGUGGUUGCAAGUGAAGAGAAAGUUGAGCUUGAGACAGAUCAUGGUGAGGAAGAUGAGGUUACUGCAGACUCACCACCUCCCAGCAGCAGCCCGGCUGCAGCCACACCAGCUGCAGCUUCUGCCGCCACCACCUCGCCCACACCGCCACUAGUAGAGGAAGGCACAACGCUUAGCCUCGAUGAAUCCACCCUGAAUGACCUAGUAGCAGGAAACAUCCCCAUAGAUUCAAUCAUCUCAUCCUCAUUCAACCAACAAGAACUUAACACCAUCUCUCAGGCACUAUCAAACAUUGUGCAGGAAAACAAUAUUAACCUUGCGGGAUUUGACCUCAAUGCAGGCAACUCCUUUUCCGCCUCAGAGACAGGAGGCUCUGGGCCAGUGGGGGAUGUCAGUGACAGUUCUCUGAUGUCCCAGGCGAGUGAUGCCACAAAUCAUACAGAUUUUUGUGAAGCAGGACCGCCAUUACCCGAGUGUAAAAUAAAUAUAUUGAACCAGCGACCUGGGAUCAUCACAGACACUGCCACUCUUUCACCACUAAAAUAAGACCUUUUUAAAAAGUUUUGAAUUAUUUGCAGAUUCGUCUGCUUUUGCUGCCCAAAAAUAUAUUUGAAAAAAGAUAUACUGUACUAGUUGAGAGUUUUGCUAUGGCAAGCAUCGGUACAAUAUCGAGAGGAGGACUGGUUAAAAGGUACAAUGUGAUUAACAUGAAUUAUUCCUGUGCAGUUGUGUGUUUACUUGUCAACAGUGUAACAGUGAUGUUAAUAAACUGUACAUAAUUGG